AUUAAUAAUAUACCUGGAAAUCAUCAAGAAGCAAGUUUUGGUUUUAAUGUUGCUAAGUUUGCUAAUCCUCUUGUUGGAACUGCUAGAGAUGGGCAUGUAUUCCCCGGUCCUUGCCUUCCCUUUGGGGUCGUCAAAGUAGGUUUCGAUACUGAUGAUAGAUCAGAUUUUAAUGGCGGAUACACUACUCAAGGAUCUAUUACGGGGAUUUCUCAUUUACAUGUUAGUGGAACAGGAGGUGAACCAAAAUAUGGAGUAAUAAGUCAAUUUCCGGUGAUGGAUUUGCCACAUGACAGACUCAGACUAGAUGAAUUUUCAUCCAAAAGAUCGUUUGAGCAUUUUGAAGCUGGUUAUUUAAAAUUUGGAUUAGAACGUUACAAAAUCAUGGUUGAAUUAACUGCUAGUCGCAGAACCGGUGUUCAUCGAUAUACUUUUCCACCAUCUGAAAAUGAAGCAAAAGUUAUUCUUGAUUUGGGUCAUAUUUUAUCUUUUGGUUGGAG